GGCGCCGCCAUGUCGGGAGCGGCGGGGCCGGGUCCACCCGCCGGGCCGGGCCGCUCCCCGCUGCCCUGCGCCCCCCGCCCCGCCACCCCGCUGCAGCUGGCGGGGGGCGCCGAGCCCGCACGGCCCGGCGUGGCCGUCAUCGACCUCCGCUUCCCUCGCGGCGCUGCCGCCGAUGUGCAGGAGAUCGUGUUCAGGAACUUCUACACGGCGUUCCUGAGCGUGCGAGUGCAGCGGCCCGGCCCCGGCGGGUCCCGGCGCUGGGUGASCUGCCUGCGUGACCUGUGCCUGAUGCCCUGCCCGCACACCGAGGAGGGCUCCCAGGACUAUUUCUGCCUCCACCGGCACCAGAUGCUGUGUGACAUGGACCAGGUGACAGCAAUGCGGUUCAUCCUGCGACAGCCCUCCCCAGUCUGGCUCCACUUCACCAUCGAGGACCUGCAGAUUUUCCCUCCUGGACAGAAGAGUCCUCAGAAGGAUUUCCCCUCUUGGCUCUCCCAGCUAACCCCUCCAGAGCAGCCAGCCAGCCUACAUGGGGAGCUCCCAGAUCCAGAAAAGGUGUCGACAGAGGUCCAGCAAAUGUGGGUGCUGACAGAGGUGAUCCGGGCUCGCCAGGCAGCUGCCCGCAUCGGGCGCUUYGACGUGGAUGGCUGCUACGAUGUCAAUCUGCUUUCCUACACCUGAGCCCGCUGGUGCUGGUGCCAGCUGGGGAGAAGUGCCCCUUCCAUGCUCCCGGGGCCUGAGUGGACUCCUGCAUUCCCGCCUCGGCCGUGGACCCCGCAGCCCCGAGGGGGUCCCAAGCCCUCCCUGUGCCCCUUCCCUGACUCCCUCUGCGCUGCCUGGCAGUGAGGGGCGGCGCUGCCGCCCCAGAGACCCCUGUGAGCCUCUCCUGGGCAUGUCCCGCGGGCAGAGCCCGUACCCCCACCCCACACGGCAAGGGGGUGCGGGGGGACCGAGGGGUGCGGGUGUGCUGAAGGGGCACCUCGGUCACCACUAAAAGCUGCUACGUUGGCCCUGCCUGUGCCCGCCUGUCUCUGGGGGAUGGGGGUGGCCGUGCCG